AUGGAGGGCAGGAACAGCUCCAACCAUGCUGGCACCACGGACAGGAGAGCUGCAGCAUACCUCCCAGCUCCAUCCAGGACCUUCUGGAUCAUCCUGUCCAUUGCCUUCUUCUUUGCAGUUGUUGGCAUCAGCAUUGUGGGGGUUCUCAGCUUCUCCCCCAGCUCUGCCCAGGCUGGGUCCCAGCUGAUCCGGAUCACACCCCAGGGCCAGCAGGACCUGCUGAGGAACCAGACAGCCUUGGUGGAUAAAUCCAGGAGCACUGUGACCUACUACAUCACCUCAGAGAGCAACCACAGUGCUGUGGUGCUGUAUGACAGCAGGAACGGCUAUGUCUGCUACAAGCCAGUGGAGCAGCACACGUGCUACCUGAGGAGGAUGGAUUCCUGGGACCUCCAGACCCUCCAGACAUCUCUCAACACAUCUGAGCAGACAGCUGCUCAGCUGCUCCGUCAGAACAACCAGACCAAGUACUACCAGGAGUUCCUGGGCAUUGUGGCAGGGGAAGAGGUGGACCCCAAAAGCCUGGGGGAGGCUGUCCAGACCCUGUGUGAGCAGACAUCCAUCUUCUGGGUCAGGAGAGGGGAGGGUCCGGGGAGGCAGCGCCUGAUCUACCUUUGCAUUGACAUCUGCUUCCCAAGCAACAUUUGUGUCUCCAUCUGCUUUUAUUACCUCCCCGAGUAAGUCCUCUGCCUGCAGAUAUCCUCUCACUGCUCUACAUACUUGAAUUGGAUUCCUGAAAAGCCUCUGAUCCCAUCAACAAGGAAGGUAACAUCCACACCAUCCCCCACAAGCUUCCUGCUGAUUUCACAUUGCAGUUCAGGAGAGUUUAGAAAAAUAAGAGGACUCUGCUCAUACAGACAUUUUAUUUGCAGCUCCAGGGCUGCAUCUUGUUUGUAGGUAUUAGGACAUCCAGGCCUAGAGGAAUCACAUGGAUAGCUGGUGUUUUAUG